AUGAAAUAUGAAGCAAUGGAUCAAUCAAAGAAAGAGGAACUGCUUACUAAAAAUAUGAAUUAUAAAGAAACAAUGAGUCAAGAACAAAAGCAAAAAACACUGGAGAAUAAAAGAGCUAAAUAUGAAGCAACUGAUCAAUCAAAGAAAGAGCAACUGCUUAGUAAAAAUAUGAAUUAUAAAGAAACAAUGAGUAAAGAACAAAAGCAAAAAACACUGGAGGAUAAAAGAGCUAAAUAUCAAACAAUGGAUCAAUCAAAGAAAAAGCAACUGCUUACUAAAAAUAUGAAUUAUAAAAAAACAAUGGGAGAAGAACAAAAACAGAAACUAUUAGAGAACACGAGAGCCAAAUAUCAAGGAAUGGAUAUAUCAAAGAAAGAGGAUUUGAGUGCUACGCGUUCUAGCAAAAUCAUGUCAAAUCGCAUUUUGUUGGAUCCAAAACAAAAAAAUAAUUUGCUGGAUAGAGAGAAAGAAAAACGGAUGGAAAAGAAAUCUCUAACUCAUGACAUUGACAUGUACAUUGAAAAAUUUAAAAAACAAAUUAAAUCAGGCCCAUUUUACAUAUGCUGUGUGUGUAACCGAACACUAUAUAAAAAGUCAGUAGUAAUCCUACAGAAAAAUAAAUAUUCUCGCCAGGAUUGUUUUAUGCUUCAACGUUCUUUUGAUGGCAAAAACUACAUCUGCAGAACAUGCCAAGCUAAAUUAAUUAAAGAUCAACAGCCUUGUCAAGCUGUGGUAAACAAUUUAUUUGUUGAUGAAACCCCCACUGAACUUGCUGCAUUAGAGAAACUUGAACAAAUUCUUGUUGCCCAGAGAAUAGUCUUUGAAAAAAUUGUAAUAAUGCCAAAAGGACAACAAAGAAAAAUUAAAGGUGCAAUAUGUAAUGUACCAGUUGAAUGUAGUCAAACAUGCAAUGUUCUUCCCAGACCACCUGACAGAUCUGGGAUAAUUUUACUUAAAUUAAAAAGGAAACUUCAAUUUAGAGGUCAUGUUUACUUCCAAGCAGUUCGCCCUCAGUUUGUAAUUAGUGCAUUAAACUGGCUUGUAGCAAACAACCCUUUAUAUAGAAACAUUGAAAUUCAUUGUGACAAUAUUAGCUCAGACUUAACUAAUUUGAACUGUCCUGAUACUGAUCAAGAAAAUAUAGAUGAGCCAUUGCAAUUGCAAAGUUAAUGUAAAUAGAGAACUGUGUAAUGAAGAUGUUGAAGAACAAGAUGAUCCAUUAAAUGAACACCGUUCAGCAGCAAGCGAAACCUGUCUUCAGUCCAUCUUGCCAAAUUAUCCUGUUAACCUGGACAAUACAAACUGUAAUUCAACAGGUAGAGAAGUUUUCAACAUUGCACCAGGUGAAGGUAAACACCCAGUAUCAUUGAUGACUGAUAAGCUUUGUGAGGAACUCUCAUUUCCAGUACUCUUUCCAAAGGGACAAUUUGGUUAUACCAGUGAACGAGACAUAAAAUUAUCUCCAAUAAAAUAUUUCAAUGCUCGCCUCUUGCAUUAUAGUGGAAAAUUUGCAACCAAUCCAGAGUAUCUAUUCUUUGCACAAUUCAUUAUGGAACAGAAAAAGAUUUCUGAUAGUAUUAAUAUAGCUCUUAAAAAAGUACAUGGCCAGUCAGUCACAGCAUCGCAAGUAAAGUCAAACAGUCAAGCUUUUCAAAAUCUUCUUUUGCAAGAUCAAGCAUAUUUGUUUUUACGACAAAUUCCUGGCUCACCUCCUUACUGGCAAAAAUUCAUGUACGAAGUGGUAGCAAUGAUUAAACAGCUGGGAAUACCAACAUGGUUCAUGACCUUAUCGUGUGCAGAUUUAAGAUGGCCUGAGCUAUUUCAGAUAAUUGCAAGAACAAAAGGCAAUAACAUAACAACUGAAGAAGUUGAGGCCCUGUCGUAUCACGAGCGAUGCUCAAUGUUAAAUUUAAAUCCAGUUAUUGUAGCUAAACAUUUCCAGUAUCGAGUCGAAACAUUUUUCAGGGAUGUUUUGCUCACAAAUGCAAACUCAAUUGGCAAGAUAGUAUAUUAUGCACUCCGUAUCGAAUUUCAAAUGAGAGGUUCACCACAUUUGCAUGCCUUAAUAUGGACAUCUGAUUGCCAGGAAUUAACGAACGAUACAAAAGAUGCAUACAUAUAUUACAUUGACCGACAUGUACAAGCAUAUCUCCCAGACAAAGAAACAGAUCCUGAACUUUAUGACUUGGUAAAAACAUACCAGACACAUAAUGACAGUAAAACCUGUAGAAAGUAUAAGAAUGUUACAUGUAGAUUUAACUUUGGACAGUUUUUUACUGACAGAACAAUUGUUGCUGAACCUUUGGCUGACGAUAUCGAUGAUGAGAUUAAAUCAAAUAUUCUAACCAGACGAAAGGAAAUUUUGUCUAAAGUUAAACAAAAAAUUGACAUUGUGCUAAACCCAAGCAAACUACUUAUGACCCGCAUGCAACUCCAAUUAACAUUCUAAAUGAAAUAGAUAUAACAGAGCAAGACUAUCAAUGGGCUUUAUCAAUAUCUCCAGAUUCUGACCAUGAAUUGCACCUGAAACGACCAAUAGACAGUUGUUUUACCAACAACUACUUUAUUGCUGGGUUAAAAGGUUUGCUGCAAAUGUUGACUUGCAACCAGUGUUUAAUCAUUAUAAGUGUAUUACAUACGUUUGUUCUUCCUUUACAAAGGAUGAAACUGAAUGUUCUCAAGCCAUCAUAAAUGCAGCGAAAGAGGCUAAAGAAGCCAACUUAAAUGUAAGAGAUGGCCUAAGAAAAAUAGGUGCAGCUUUUCUCUCGACUCGUGAAGUCAGUGCUCAAGAAUGCGUUUACAGAUGUAUGCCUGAACUCUGGUUAAGAAAAAUAUUCCCGAAAACCCUCUUUGUUAGCACGGAUUUUGCAGAAAAUCGCGUUAGAUUUGCGAAGAAACAGCAAGAACUUGAUGAGUUAGAUGAUGAUAGUACUGACAUUUUUAAGUCUAACAUUAUUGUCCGUUACAGUGACAGACCGAGAAACAUUCCUGUCGUUAAUGAUAUAUGUUUAGCUUUAUUUGCUGUUCAUUAUUUCAAAGAUUACAAAAGUGAUUUUAACGAAGUAUCUGAUUUUCAACCUGAAGUGUUAAGCGAUGACUUCAUUGAAUCUCAAAAUAUCGAAUAUCGUAACACUGGACUUCCCGAUCGAAUAAAACUUGUUUUAAAAGAAAUUAUGAAGUGCAGAAAAAUUAAAGCUGUCAUUCGAUAUCACACUCCAAACAAAAGAAAAGAGCCUGAAAAAUAUUUUCACCACCUUCUCAUGUUGUAUUUUCCGUGGUGUAACGAGCACGAACUCGUUGGCGAAGACCAGACAUACAUAUCUAAGUUUUAUGAGCCAGAUGUUCAAGAGGUAGUACAACGCAACAAAGAAAUAUUUGAGCCAGAUGGUGAUGCUAUUAAUGAAGCACUAGAAAGUUUACGAAACUUUGAUGGCAUACCAACUCACUCCUAUGAUCCAAUAAAUGACCAGGAAAAUGAAGAUUUGCAACAAAGUUUACCUGACGAUUCUAAUGAAACUGAGUCUUUUAACGAAUCGUUGCCACAACAUCUUGCAUCAAAUCCUGAAUCAGUUCAACCAUCUUCUGGAAUAAGUUCUUAUAAUCAACCCUUAGAAAUCAGUGACGACGAUCUACGAAAAACUGUAAGAUCAUUAAACAAGAAGCAACGUUAUGCAUAUGACGUAGUUCUUUCCUGGUGUAGAAAUAAGAUGGCCAACCUAAACACCCUUAAACCAUCUAAAGUAGAUCCAAUAAAUGUUUUUGUUACUGGAGGUGGAGGUGCAGGGAAAUCACCCUUAAUUAAAGCUAUAUAUCAUACUGUUACAAAAACAUUUAGACAUGCUCCAAUGAAUCCUGAAUUACCUUCUGUAUUGCUAAUGGCUCCAACUGGUGUAGCUGCCAUAAAUAUCAACGGACCAACCGUAAAUACUGCUCUUUGA